GUUCGUAAAUAUCUCGAAAACAAGGCCCAAACAUAUUCCAAUUGCAACAAUAUAUUUCACUCACACUCAUCUCAGAUCCCUUCUUCUAACCCUUACCAUCUUCCUCUUUACCCUUUUCAUUUUCUGUAACAGUUAACACAAACAACAUACACAAACCUCAAACAACAACAAAGAAAGAACCACCACAACCUCUGUCACAAACAAACGUUGUCUUUUCUCCUUCACUAAUCGUGUCGGAGAAUUUGAUUUUGUCGCAGGUUUCGAGAUCUGGUUGAUCUAAAACCGUUAAACGGUAAACAAUCUGGUUAAUUUAUUCAACAACUUGUGUAGAAGCUACUUGUUAACGUUAACUGUUAAGGUUGUUGUCUCUAUUUGGAUAACAGAAUUUGUGUUGGUUAGUAACACAGUAACGACAUCGUUUUUGGUUUUUUGUUCUGUUUUGUUGGUGGUUUCUGAAAUCUGGUACCUUAAACUUGGAUCUAUAACUAAGAUUAGUGUUAAAUGGAGACACUUGUUGUUGUAGCUCAACAUAGGAACCAAUACUAUAGUAGUAGAUCUAAAGCACAAGAUCAUGGUAGAUUUGGUUCUUCUUCACCUUCUAGUCAAUUUAGAGGAAUCAAUUGUAGAACUUUUCAAACUGGGUCGGGUAUUUUACCAACACCAUUCAAUUCUACUACUACUACUACUGCUACACCUGAUAAUGAUACUAAAUCAAAAACAACCUUAACUACUCCAAUUUCAAAAUCUGAUACCAAAAGUUGUUUUACCAAAGUUGAACCAAGUAGUGCACCAGUUCCUAUCAAAGGUUGUAAAAAGGAGAUUACUUUUGUUGACCCUAAUGGUAGUUUUUUACUUUCUGAACUUUGGGCUGGACCAACUUACUCUAAUUCACCACCGCCGAGUUCUUUGCCUAUUCCGAAAUUUUCAGUUAGGCCAAAGAGGACUGUGUCUCUUGAUCUUCCUAGUUUGUCUUCACUUGAGUCUGAAUUGCGCAAAAUUGCUAACUCUGCGCCUUGUUCCCCUCGUCAGGAGGAUUCCCCUUUUGCUAGAGAUUUUCUUGUUAAUGAUGAUUCUGCGACUAGGACUCUUUGUCGCAUUCUGAACCUUAACUUGGAUGACGAUGAAUGAUGCUCGAAGGAGCAAAUGGUUACUGUAAAUAAGUCUUUUUUAUUUAUUUAUUGAAGUCGGGUUAGUGUUAGUUUGUUAGUUUCUUUGUGUAUAUAGAGUGGCCAAAUAAAAUUUAUGGUACGUGUUUGGUUGGUUGAGACUUGAGAUUGUGUGUAGCUUUCAGUAGUGGUGUGGUACCCUUGACAAUAAUGAUGAUGAUUAGUGGCUGUGGUGGGUUGACAUUCUCCAGGUUUUGGAAAUAUGAUCAGGUUUGAAUGUGGAAAAAGGGUAAAUGGGUGUAUAUGUAUGGCUCUAUCGGGAGCAGGUUUUGGUUUGUGACUUAGUUGACAUGGAUGGAAGGCUGCAGGGAAAAUGGUAUGGAGGUAGAGAUGAUGGUAAUUGGUAGGAGUGGUAUGAUGGAAUAGACUUGGUUGACGACUAUGCUUUAUUUAGUUUGGCCUGAUGAAAGUUACUGGUUUAUAUUCAAGCUUCGUUCCGAAUUCAUAAUAUAUAUAGUUUACAGCAUCAUUUCUUCAAAGAAUGAUUAACUUAAUUCUGAUUAAGGAUUUAAGCCUCUUGCUUUAGUACAUACUCUAGGUUGUAUCUAAUCUUGAACUUAAACUCUUUUGAGAUCAAUCCUUUGGUCCUUUAUCCCCCUUUCAAAUUUUCUUUCUUAUCCCUUCAAAUUUUCUUUUAUUAUCAUCUUCCUUUAUCAUAUAUGUACUCUUCUAGUCUUCUAUAUGGUCGACUGUUUAGAAGUUAGUAAUUAGUUACUACCUUUCUUUCCAAUCUUCCUUUUCUCCUAGUUACUUACCUUUCUUUCCGGAAAUUGUCCCCUUACCAUCUUUUCUGAUUUUUGAAAAGAAAAGCUGGAAGGUUUUGGUUAUAUAAUCUUUUGUAGCUGAAUGCCUUAGUUCUGUAGGUUAAAUCCUUGUCACACCAUGUUACUUACUAUAUCCCUUUAAUCCCGUAUAUUUCCCGUUUUCACCUAUAUCUUCACCUGAAUUAUCCUCCAUGGAGAGUGUUGACUAUACUAUGCCUAAAUUAAGGGAGGUGUUACUGCACCGAUGCUGUCAUCUUCUACAUCGCUGGUUCAACUACAAGUUUGUCUUUGUUCGUGGAGUUCCCUGUAGUAGUUCGUAAACUUUCAUGUGUUUCUUUCUGUGUUUUUGUGAUCAGUUGGACUUUCUUGAUCUGAUGAAAUAAUUGUUUAGCGACUGUGGUCUGCAUUUCAUGUCUUAUAUCUUAGUUAAGUAUUAAGUACUUGUAUUAUCUACUCAAAUUAUAGGAUUGCUUUGAAACCUAUGAGCCUAUGAUACUGUUUUAUGUUUUUAUUCUAAUGUGGACGUAGUUACUUUGUUCUUAAAUUGAAAUUUGUCAGUCUUUGGUA